AUGCCCAAAGUCAAAAAAAGCAGGAAAGCUCCUCCAGAUGGUUGGGAAUUGAUCGAACCAACACUGGAUGAACUAGAUCAAAAGAUGAGAGAAGCUGAAACUGAACCCCAUGAGGGAAAGAGAAAAGUGGAAUCUCUGUGGCCCAUUUUCAGAAUCCAUCACCAGAAAACGCGAUAUAUAUUUGACCUGUUUUAUAAGCGGAAAGCCAUUAGUAGAGAACUCUAUGAAUACUGCAUUAAAGAAGGCUAUGCAGACAAAAACCUAAUUGCCAAGUGGAAAAAGCAGGGCUACGAGAAUUUAUGCUGCCUACGCUGCAUUCAGACCAGGGACACCAACUUUGGGACGAACUGCAUUUGCCGGGUUCCGAAAAGCAAGCUGGAAGUGGGUCGCAUCAUCGAGUGCACGCACUGCGGCUGCAGAGGUUGCUCUGGCUGACACCCAUGACUCUGCUCUAUUCUGGACUUUGGACUUUGUUGGUUCCUACCUGCUGGGCCACCCCCUUCUGGAGCAGCUCUUCUCAGA